AUGGAUGGAACGUGUAACAAUCUUCAGAAUCCAUUGAGAGGGAGCGGCUUAUCGUCCCUACACCCGCCUUCUGCCUACUGUUUACGACAAUGGCCUCUCAGAACCAGAUCAAUAAUGACUCAUCUGCGCCCUUCGCCUCGAGCUGUCACCCGACAUCUCACGUCGUCUCAUGCCUCCGUGGUCUCUGAAGACUACAACGCCAUGGUUAUGCAGUUUGGACAAUUCAUCUCGCACGACAUGGCCAAGCUUACAUCGAUGCGUCCCCCAUUUAUGGCUCUUCCGUUGCUGAUAUGGCCAAGUUCCGAGAAGGAAGAACUGGUUUCCUGA